AUGGCGCAUAUAGAGAAUCAUAAGAAGAAAAAAUACGAGUACCUACCUAAAGAUUAUGAUACGAUAUUUAACCCCAAUGAAAAAGAAACAGAACUAUUAAAUCAACAUUAUAACUCUGGAAUAAAUUAUAAUUACGACACAAGUGAAAAACAUGGUGAUAAUAAUGAUAAUAUUUAUAAUAAUAAUAAUAAUAAUAAUUAUAAUGACUACUUGUCAAAUAAUCCAAGUAACGUUCAAUAUAUGAAAAAAAAUAAAAAGAAUAAAACAAAUAUGGAGAAAAUUAAAUUAAUAAAUAAAAUACCACUACAUCAACAAAUGAACAACGCAAAUGAAUAUGAUCAUAUAAAUAUUAAUUAUGAUAGUAAUGAUGAAUGUUUAGAAACACAUUAUGAUUUUGAAAAUAAAUAUAAUAAUGAUAAAAAUUUAGAGAACAGAAUACUUAUUGAAUCUGAAGAUUUUAUAUCAUCUAGACGUAAUAGUACCAGGUCAAAAAUGGUAAUAGCAGGGAAAAUUGUACUUGCUAUUUUAUUUUUUAUUUUAGUAGUUUUUCUUUUUACUAGAUUUAAAAAUUUCUUAAAUAUUAUACAUAUUGUCAUUGAAUGGGUAGGAAAACAAGGCUCUUGGAGUAUACUUUUAUUUAUAUCAUUGUUUACAUUCUUAUCACCUUUAUUUAUGUCAGUAGAAAUUAUGUGUGUGGGCUCAGGAUUAAUUUUCUCAGGAGUUUAUGGUAAAGCUCUUGGUAUUUUUGUGGCAGUCUUUUCAGUAGCAGUGGGUUAUGUUUUAGGAAUGUCUUUAUGCUUUUUUAUUUCAAGAUAUUUAAUUCAUAAUUAUAUAUAUAAAAAGUUAAUGGGCUAUCCAAUAUAUAUGGCCUUUAAUCAAGCAAUUAAUACAAAUGGACUCUCCUUUGUAUUACUAAUUCGUCUCUCCCCUAUACUACCAGCAUCCGUUGUUAGUUAUAUAUUGGGAGUCACAUCUUUAAAGUAUAAGCAUUUUGCCAUUGGAUCUAUAUCAGCCUUACCCAGCAUAUUUUUAUUUGUAUAUAUUGGUGUGCUCUUGCAGGAUAUUUCCAAUUUGUCAGAAUUAGAAAACCAUUGGACGAAUUUGAUAAUUCUGUUCGUCGGAUUUCUUAUUGGAGUAAUUGCAAUUGUAUACAUUUCAGUAAUUACUAAAAGAAGAUUAAAUAAUUUAAAUAUAAUGAAUGCAUCCUUAUCAACAACCAAUGCAGAUAUUGAAUAA